GACCGCGCCAAAGCACAGACCUCGGUUACUCUCCGAUAAUAACACACCGCAGUUGCCCCUUUAAACUCACUGUACACUUUGUACGUUUGCUCUGUACGUCUCUUUCGGACUUUUUCUUCAUUUUCAGGGCGGCUUGUUUUUUUGUUGGGAAUACUUGGCGUCGACACACAGGAGUCAGAUUUGAUGCCGGUUUUCUGGGAACGGUGUGCGACUUAACGGUCGUGACAGGACUUUCUCGUCGGGCGCCGUGUGCGGCGAGGCUGGCUCACAGCUUGGGUUGGAUUACCAACACGGUCCGCAUCAGCGUUUCUAACUGAGCCUAUUACUGUUCUUUCUUCUUGUGAGUUUAAAACAAGCCGAACAGGACUCGUUUACGCCGGCAUUUUUCAGCUCGAAUAUGUUGCUGUCAAAGUUUGGUUCAUUUUCUCACAUUUGCAAUCCCUCGAGUAUGGACCACCUACCAGUGAAGAUCCAGCUCCAGACGGUCAAAGUGGAGAAAGAGGCUUUCGAGAAGGUUUACCAAGUGGGGUCGGUCCUCGGCAGCGGAGGGUUCGGGACAGUGUACGCCGGGAGCCGGAUCUCUGAUGGCGCACCGGUUGCUGUGAAACAUGUCGCGAAGGAGCGAGUAACUGAGUGGGGCACAAUUAACGGAGCUGUGGUGCCGCUGGAGAUCCUGCUGCUGAAGAAGGUCAGCUCGUCUUUCCGCGGAGUUAUCAAGCUGCUGGACUACUACGAGCGGGCGGACGGCUGGCUCAUCGUCAUGGAGAGGCCGGAGCUCGUCAAGGACCUGUUCGACUUCAUCACCGAGAAGGGCGCCCUGGACGAGGACACGACGCGGGGCUUUUUCCGCCAGGUUCUGGAGGCGGUCAGGCACUGCUACGGCUGCGGCGUAGUACACAGGGACAUCAAAGAUGAAAACCUGCUGGUGGACCUACGCACCGGGGAGCUCAAGCUUAUCGAUUUUGGCUCCGGGGCGAUUCUCAAGGACACGGUCUACACUGAUUUCGACGGUACGAGAGUCUACAGCCCGCCGGAGUGGAUCCGCUUCCACAGGUACCACGGCAGAUCAGCGACUGUGUGGUCGCUAGGCGUGCUGCUGUACGACAUGGUGUGUGGAGACAUCCCCUUUGAGCAAGACGAUGAGAUCCUCAAGGGGAGGCUAUACUUUAGGAGAAGGAUCUCAGCUGAGUGCCAACAGCUGAUCAAAUGGUGCCUGUCCCUGCGGCCCUCCGACCGGCCUACUCUCGAGCAGAUCUGCGACCACCCCUGGAUGAGGAUCACAGAGGAGUCGCCCAAAUCGCCGGAGGAGCCCGUGGCAGGGGACAUCCGCCUCCGAACCAUCAACACGGACUCUUCAUCAAGCACAAGCUCGAGCAAGGAAAGCCUCUGAGCGCGGCUCUGAUGGACUGAAUAGACUUUGUGAAGAAAGAAGGGGAGGGGAUGGAAAGAGGUUACAUGGACUUAUGCUGACAUAAACUGUCAGCGGCCAUGUGCUUGACUCAUCUGGCCCAGAAAGAAAAAAAUAAACAGGAAAUAAGAUUACUUUCAUUUUCCUCUUUUGUAGGGAAUUUAUCUUUUUUUUUUGUUGGUUACUCUUUAUCUUAUUCGUCCCUAUCCCCUUUUUUUCCACUUCAGUUCAUUUUACUUGUUUCCAAAUAGGAAAUAUUUUGCUGUUUGGAAGGUCUUACCAGCACUAUUUAUUUCCCCUCCCCUUCUUUAUAUUAACAGGCAUAUAUAUAUAUCUAGAUAUUUAAUCUAGACAUAUAUAGAUAUAGCUGGCAAGGCCCUCUUAUUCAGACUGCUCUCAUAGAGCUUUGAGAAGAGUUUUAAUUUAAAUGUUUUGAUUUUGGAGUGCCUUUUUUUUUUUUUUUUUUUUUUUUUUUAAGAAAGCUGCUUUUCUUGGGGGUCUUUUUCGUCAACAACUCAUGGGGGGUGGGGGGGGGGGGGGGGGGGGGGGGGGGGUGGUGCAGCCUGCAGCUUGGUGGUUAGAUUGUCUGUGCUGUGAUGGAAGAGGCUUCAAGAAGUUUUUUUGUUUAUGUUUCACCUCUUCAUCUCUGUAAGCCAACUCCACCUCCCCAGCCAUGCUGGAGUUAAAUGAGGAGAGGGCGAGGCGGGGGCUGUUUCUUACAACAAGAUACUUGAAAACACUCUGUCGGUUUCUGUAAACGCUGCUUAUUCACUCUAUAGCCUGAACAGGUGUUUUGGAAACUGAAUCCUGUCUUUUUUGAAUGUCUACAACAUGUCAACAUACACCUUCCCCUCCACCUUUUUCUCCCUCAUGCCUGUUGCUGGGGAGGGUGUGUUCUUGUGUUUUUUGCCUCCCACCAUUUCACUGCUUGACACUACGUGCCCCCACCCCCCCCGGGCCUCCCUUACGGUUUGGGGUUUAGAUGCACAAUCAAUGCAAUAUUCAUGGGUUCAAUUGUUUUCUUUUUCCUACAAAUAUUGUACAGCGUGUUUUAUUUUUAUUUCUCUUUUUGUGUGUAAAUUUCUUUCUCCAUUUGCAUUUAAUUUAUUCAUAAAUAUGUAGACAUUCCUCACUCUGUGGGUAUUUAUUUAUUUAUUGUCUAUGAUUAAACCCCCCCCCCCCCCCCCCCCCCCAUACACACACAUACACAAAAAUUUGCAUAACCCACUUGGCCUUUGGUUUGCAUUCCUAUAACCUAUUUUUACAUUUCAACUUUUUUUCUGAGAUGUGGAGGAUGCACUGAAGCAGUUGUCAAUGUAAAGCAGAAUAAAAAAUGUUUACUUAAAUUUAAGCAGAGCAUUUGAAUGUUAUUUAAUUACUUUCAAGGAAUGAAGUCUGUUGGUUAUUUUACAUAACUAUAUAUCUGAGUAAUAAAUCUGGUUUGUGUAUUGUCAAGAUUAAUUUAAGUUCUAUAGCAAACUAAACUAUAGGUGGAGCAGUUUUUAUAGUUUUGUCACAUAGCCUAUACAUGAGACAUUUCACUUUAGCUGUCUGACUUGUGUGAAGGAUGGAUAUUGCUAUUUUUUGAUACAGAGGUUUCAAUUAAAUGCCAAUUUUUAUGUACAGAAA